AUGUGCAAGCUCCUGAUACCCAGCUUCCUAAAGAAGCAGCCCAGCCCUGACAAAGUGCAUAUCUCCGGUGGGGACAGAAGCACCCCAGAAGCAGUGGGAGCCCAGGAGAAGAAGCCUUCUGAUAACAAAAAGUCCCAAUAUUCUUGCCACUGCUGCAAACUGACUAUGAAAGAAGGAGACCCAGCCAUCUAUGCUGAAAGGGCUGGCUAUGAUAAGCUGUGGCACCCAGCUUGUUUCAUCUGCAGCAGCUGUGGCGAACUCCUGGUUGACAUGAUAUAUUUCUGGAAGAACAGGAAGCUGUACUGUGGCAGACAUUACUGUGACAGUGAGAAGCCCCGAUGUGCUGGUUGUGAUGAGCUGAUAUUCAGAAAUGAAUAUACCCAAGCAGAAAUGCAGAAUUGGCAUCGGAAACACUUCUGCUGCUUUGACUGUAACAACAUCCUCGCAGGUGAAAUAUAUGUGAUAGUCAAUGACAAGCCCACGUGCAAGCCCUGCUAUGUGAAGAACCAUGCCAUGGUGUGUCCAGGAUGCCACAAUGCCAUUGAUCCGGAGGUUCAGCGGGUGACCUACAACAACUUCAACUAGCAUGCAUACA